GGCGCCAUCAGCUUCAGCUCCAGCUCGGCGCUCUUCGGCUGCCCCAACCCGCGGCAGCUCUCGCAGAGACGUAAAGCAAUUUCCUAUGACAGCUCUGAUCAGACUGCGUUGUACAUUCGUAUGCUAGGAGAUGUGCGAGUAAGAAGUCGGGCAGGAUUUGAAACAGAGAGAAGAGAUUCUCAUCCAUACAUUGAUUUCCGUAUUUUUCACUCAAAUUCUGAGAUUGAAGUGUCUGUUUCUGCGAGAAAUGUCAGAAGGUUGCUUAGUUUCCAGCGAUACCUGAGAUCUUCCCGUUUUUUCCGUGGUAUCACUGUUCCAAAUUCCUCAAAUAUUUUAGAUGAUGAUUACAAUGGGCAAGCAAAGUGUAUGCUGGAGAAGGUUGGAAAUUGGAAUUUUGAUAUUUUUCUUUUUGAUAGACUGACAAAUGGAAACAGUCUAGUCAGCUUAACCUUCCAUCUGUUUAAUCUUCAUGGACUAAUUGAACACUUCCAGUUAGAUACGAUGAAACUUCGUAGAUUUUUGGUUAUGGUUCAAGAAGAUUAUCACAGUCAAAACCCUUACCAUAAUGCAGUUCAUGCUGCUGAUGUGACUCAGGCCAUGCACUGUUAUUUGCAAGAACCUAAGCUUUCCCAAUCUUUAACUCCAUGGGAUGUUCUGCUCAGUUUAAUUGCAGCUGCCACACAUGAUUUGGAUCACCCAGGCGUCAACCAACCUUUCCUAAUUAAAACAAACCAUUACCUAGCAACUUUAUAUAAGAAUACCUCAGUAUUAGAGAACCAUCACUGGAGAUCAGCAGUAGGGUUGUUGAGAGAAUCUGGCUUAUUUGCACAUAUGUCAUUAGAAAACAGGCAGCUGAUGGAAAGUCAGAUAGGUGAUCUCAUUCUUGCCACAGACAUCAGCCAGCAAAAUGAGUAUCUGUCCAUGUUUCGAUCCCAUUUGGAUAGAGGAGACCUAUGUUUAGAGGAUGCAAAUCAUCGUCACUUCAUUUUACAGAUGGCUUUGAAGUGUGCUGAUAUUUGUAAUCCAUGUCGGACUUGGGAGCUGAGUAAGCAGUGGAGUGAAAAAGUAACGGAGGAAUUCUUCCAUCAAGGAGACAUUGAAAAAAAGUAUCACUUGGGUGUGAGUCCGCUGUGUGAUCGACAGACAGAAACUAUUGCCAACAUCCAGAUUGGUAACUGUGCUUAAAUUUAUUUUGCUGGAUUUCUUUUAGGAU